GCUCUCCGGCUUCCUCAGCCCCCAAGAUGCAGGCGCGACUUUCCCUGCCGGCAGAGAGGGCUGCGAGCCCGCCCGCCACCCCGCUCCCCUCCCGGCACCUCCUCCGCUACAACUUUUGGCCCCGGCCAUAAAAGCGUCCGCGGCUCAGCCCCUCCGCUUGGCGAGGGCCCAAGGGCAGCUGGCAAAUAGCUGCGACCCCUCCAGCCAGGGGAAGGGCCAGCGGAGCCGACUGCGGCACGCCCGCACCGCACCGCACCGCGGAUGCCGGCGGAUUUAAAGCCGCGAGUACCAAUGCCAGGCGCCCAGACGCGGCUGCUCCAGCUCCCGUUGAGCCCGGGGGUAGCGGGCCGUCCUCCCCGCGCCCUCUGAACCGCUCGCCUUCAUCCCCGCAGCGGGCUGGGGUGGCCCCAUCCCGUCCCCGCAGCCCAGCAGGCGGGUGGGAGGCAGGGGUCGGCAGCCCGGGCAGGUGGCUGCCGGCGGGGCGAGCUCCGAAGGGUUAAAGCGCUGGGAAGGUGAUAAUAACUCUGCGCUGGGAUCGGGUGCAAUUGGCAUUUGCCUGCACAUGACCUGCCAAGCUCCGGGUGACAGGAACUGGGGCUCCUAAUGAGCUUCCCAGAGACCGGGAUCUGAACGUCGCCGUCGCCGCUCUCCUCCCGGAGCUGCCCGUUAGAGCUGCCGCCGGCUCCUCUCCAUCCUCCCCGAGGUCUCGGAUGGAAGCAGCGUGCAACAGGACCCGGGCGGGCUUGAGGCAAAGGAGGAGCGCGUAGCUCCCCGAAUCCGAGCGCCGAGCCGGCUGCUGGCGCUCCCCUCCGCCACGCCAGCGCGCCCCUGUCCCCUCGCCCCUGCGGGACCCCGCGUCUUCCCCGCCUGCGGGCGACGGGGAUCUUCCCGGCCUCGGGCAGGGUCGCCGCCCGCUGACCUUUCCCUUUCCCUUGCAGCAUGGCUCUGGAGAGGCUCGGGGAAGCCCUGCGCGGCAUCCCCCCCUUGCAAAGCUCCCUGCUGCUCCUCCUCUGCCUGCUCGCCGCCAUCCACCUGGGCAAGCUCCUCCUGCAGCAGCAGCGGCGGCGGCGGCAGGGCCAGCGCCGGGCGCCACCGGGCCCCUUCCCGUGGCCCUUGAUCGGCAACGCGGCGCAGCUGGGCAGCGCCCCGCACCUCUCCUUCGCCCGCCUGGCCAGCACCUACGGCGCCGUUUUCCAGCUGCGCCUGGGCCGCUGGCCCGUGGUGGUGCUGAACGGGGAGCGCGCCAUCCGGCAGGCCCUCGUCCGCCAGGGGGCCGCCUUCGCCGGCCGCCCGCCCUUCCCCUCCUUUCGCCUGGUGUCCGGCGGGCGCAGCCUGGCCUUCGGCGGCUACUCCGAGCUGUGGAAGCUGCACCGCCGGGCGGCGCACGCCACGGUGCGGGCCUUCUCCACCGGCAGCCCCGCCACCCGCCGCCUGCUGGAGCGGCACCUGGUGGGCGAGGCGCGGGCGCUGGUGGCGCUGCUGGUGCGCGGCUCCGCCGGCGGCGCCUUCCUCGACCCUUCGCGCGUCCUGGUGGUGGCGGUGGCCAACGUGAUGAGCGCCCUCUGCUUCGGCCGCCGCUACAGCCACGGCGACGGCGAGUUCCUGCGCCUGGUGGGGCGCAACGAGCAGUUCGGGCGGGCGGUGGGCGCCGGCAGCCUGGUGGACGCCCUGCCCUGGCUCCAGCGCUUCCCCAGCCCCGUCCGCGCCGCCUACCGCGCCUUCCGCGACCUCAACCGCGACUUCUACGGCUUCGUGCGCGGCAAGUUCCUGCAGCACCAGCGCAGCCUGCGCCCGGGGGCGGCCCCCCGCGACAUGAUGGACGCCUUCAUCCGCCUGCAGCGGGAGCAGCCGCGGCUGCAGCUCGAGCACGUGCCCGCCACCGUCACCGACAUCUUCGGCGCCAGCCAGGACACCCUCUCCACCGCCCUGCAGUGGCUCCUCAUCUUCCUCAUCAGGUAUCCGAACGUGCAGGCUAAAAUGCAAGAAGAAGUGGACAGGAUUGUUGGAAGAGACCGUCUGCCCUGUGCUGAAGAUCAGCCUCACUUACCCUACAUUAUGGCUUUCUUAUAUGAAUCCAUGCGUUUCAGCAGCUUUGUGCCUGUUACUAUCCCACAUGCCACCACAACCAACACCUUCAUAAUGGGCUACCUCAUUCCCAAGGACACAGUGAUUUUUGUUAAUCAGUGGUCAGUGAAUCACGAUCCAGCAAAAUGGUCCAACCCAGAGGAUUUUGAUCCAACAAGAUUCCUGGAUGAGAAUGGAUUCAUCAAUAAAGAUCUUACUAGUAGUGUGAUGAUUUUCUCACUGGGAAAACGUCGGUGUAUUGGAGAGGAGUUAUCCAAGGUGCAGCUGUUUCUCUUUACCUCCAUACUGGUGCAUCAGUGCAAUUUUACUGCUAAUCCAAACGAGGACCCCAAAAUGGACUUUACCUAUGGGUUGACCAUUAAACCUAAGCCAUUUACCUUGAAUGUUACACUUAGAGAUACUAUGGAUUUGCUCGAUCAGGCUGUCCAAAGACUGCAAGCAGAGAAAGCAGCCAGUGAAAAUCAGCUGCCAGCAAAUGCCUAAGCAACAAACCUUGCAUCUACAGAUAAUCCCUCUCUCUCUUUUUAGACUUAAAUAAGUUAUAGUUUGUUCUGGUGAUCUUUUUGGAAAAUAGCCCAUAUUACAAGUUGCAAGACCAGGAAGGAAAACUGCACAAGGUAUAAUUCAGUCCUCAUUUUAAUUCUAGAAUGAGAGCCAGGGGAACAGUUUAAUAUAUUAAAUGAUAAAGCAUAUGCGAUUUGAAAGUAAGCCUUUUCUUUCCUAGCUUGUUCACAGAAGUCACCAUUGUAAAGUAUCUACUGACUGGUUGGAGCAUCUCCAGGAACUGUUUGUACAAUCCCUUCUGUGUGUCCACACGCUAUGCCUUAACUUCAAGAUUGCCUUCAGUGACUCCACAUCCCAAAGUGAAAUCUCUUAUUUAAAAUAAUUUUUUUUUUUAAAAUAAGGGUUGCUCAGAACAUUACUGCCAUAGGCACACGGCAGCUCCUGUGUUCUGACUGCUGGGGUAUACAUUAAUGCCUCAAUAAUAAAUGUUCAAAUGAUUUUUGGUAAAAUGACAAUGUAAAAUCUUUCCUUUAGUAUUCCAAAGUGUUUACAUAAAUUACUAAAAAAUAAAAGACAUGCUUAUAAGCA